AUGACCUUAUCACCUUAUUUACCUGUUCGCCUGUCCUUCUUUUUUGCUAUCAUUCGCCCAAAUUGCAACGCCCACUUAACCACCAACAACUCCGCUGGAGUGAAAAACCUGACGCAAACCGAUUUCUUUCUUUUUUCUUUCUAUAUUAUUCUUUCUUUCCUUCUUUCUUUCUUUCUUUCUUUUUUCUUUCUUUGCCAACUUUACAUUAUAAUUAACAUCAUUCUCACUCAUUCUUUUCUUAUUUUAUUCUUUCUUUCUUUCUUUCUUUCUUUCUUUCUUUCCCAACUUCACAUUAUAAUUGAUAUCAUUCUAACUUAUUCUUUUCUUAUUUUAUUCUUUCUUUAUUUUUUUUUUUUCUUUCUUUCUUUCUUUCUUUCUUUCUUUCUUUCUUUCUUUCUUUCUUUCUUUCUUUCUUUCCUCAUUUCACAUUAUAAUUAUUAUCAUUCUAAAUCAUUCUUUUCUUAUCUUAUUUUUUCUUUCUUUCUUUCUUUUUUCUUUCUUUUUUCUUUCUUUCUUUCCCACUCUAUCUAUCUAUCUAUCUAUCUAUCUAUCUAUCUAUCUAUCUAUCUAUCUAUCUCAUUGCUGCUUUAUAUCUAUCUGUCUAUUUAUCUAUCAAAGCAGCAAAAACUUGGGUAUUUUUCUCUUUGCUUUACCGUCUGUCGUGCUCCUAUGUUAGUGAAAAGGCACGGCUUUGUUUUUCUUUUUCUUUUUUUGUCUUUCUUUUUUCUUUCCUCCCAGUUUUAUUCCUAUUUUCUCGUUCGUUUCAUUCAUAUCUGUUUUAUCUUUUGUUAUUAUUUAUUCUUUUGCUCAUUCAACUCUCGUUUUUGUCCUGCUUUUUUCUUAUUUCAUUCAUAUUUACGUUCGUUUUUGAUUCUUUGGCAUAUUCAUUUAUUUUUCUGUCGAUAUUUCUGA